GGGAAGAUAAGAAGAAAAACAAACACCAUAACCUCACAUAAUUAGCUCAAUUUCCAACAUCAACAACUGAGGAUUGACGUGGAUUUGUGCGUUUACCUGAUUUUCAACAUACUUUGGAUUUUUGAAAUAAAAUAGGAAAUUUGAAUCAAAAAUGGAUAUCGCCACGGUUUUCGAUGAUGUUAAGCGAAUGAAUAAGCGUCAGUUUUUCUACCAAGUCUUGAGCUUUGGCAUGAUAGUAUCCUCCGCUUUGAUGAUCUGGAAAGGGCUGAUGGUAGUAACUGGCAGUGAAAGUCCCAUUGUAGUGGUACUUUCAGGAAGUAUGGAACCAGCAUUCCAUAGAGGCGAUUUACUCUUUCUCACAAACUACCCCGAAGAACCAGUUAGAGUAGGAGAGAUUGUUGUAUUCAAAGUUGAAGGCAGAGACAUUCCUAUAGUACAUCGAGUGCUGAAACUUCAUGAAAAGGACAACAGCACAGUCAAAUUCCUAACCAAAGGGGAUAAUAAUAGUGUAGACGACAGAGGUCUUUAUGCCCCAGGACAAUUAUGGCUUACCAAAAAAGAUAUUGUGGGUAGAGCUAGAGGAUUUCUUCCUUAUGUUGGAAUGGUUACAAUUUUAAUGAAUGAAUAUCCUAAGUUUAAGUAUGCAGUUCUAGCAUGUCUAGGUUUGUAUGUGCUAAUGCAUAGAGAAUGAGAGCGCUAGGAAACUCAGGAAUUAACGAAGUUCAAUGCACCAAUUCUAAUUUCAGUUGAAUGUUUGGAGAUUCAAAUUAAAAUUUUGUAUUUUUUUUUAAAUUAAUAAUGGUGAAAAUUGUAAAUAUUUAAGGAACUUUUUGUUUUGCACAUCUUUUUGAAUAAAGAAGGAAAAGAACUGGAUUAUGUGUCAGAAAAUAUACAUCUUACAUCUUACUAAUUAUUUUUACUCAUUCAACACAAAAUUGUAUUGCACAAGUCAAAUGCAGCAGUAUUCGACGCGUUGUCAGCAUACUGUCAGAAAGCACAGAUUGGAACUUUUGGCAUAUAUGACAGAAAGAGCAGAGAAUAAAAAGCUAUAGCCCUCCAGCGACAAUUAUUUUUGAUUGACCAUGUUGGAGGCUUUUGGAAGGUCAAAGUAAAGACCUGCAACCUUGUCUUUGACUGAAGACUCGAUACUAAAAAUGGUUAUCCUUCUCACAGUCAAUUAUUCCAGUGCAUAUGGCUUUUCGAAACACCUUGAACAUUGCCAACAGUAAUGCUGGUCUUUUUGAUGUAUUUCCCCUUUCCCACUUAUCCUUUUUCCUAUGCUUAAGAGAUGUUACAGAGUGGACAGGAAAAUCAAUGAUUUUUUGCACUAUAUCAAGUGGGUACUUUUGUGGCUGAUAAGCAAUUGUACGUUUGGGGUGUAUGUAGUCGAUAACAAAUUGUGUCCAAGUGUACUGAUGAAGGUGAUUUAAAUCAGCGUUCCCUAAUUUGAGCAUGGUGUUUACGAUAAACCCCAUUCACCUUCAUGCUGUCCCUCAUACC